AUGGCGUCUAAGAUUGACGGCACCGCUAUUGCCAAGAGCAUCCGUGAGGGUCUCAAGGCUGAGAUUGAGAAGACACAAUUGACAAACCCUCGGUUCAAGCCGAAUUUGGUGAUCUUCCAGGUUGGCAAUCGGUCUGACUCCAGCACCUAUGUGCGCAUGAAGUUGAAGGCCGCCCAAGAGGCCAACAUCAUCUGCACCCUCAUCAAUGUCCCCGAAUCCAGCACCGAGUUGGAGCUUGUCCAGGAAAUCACCAAGGCCAACAAUGACCCCUCCGUCCACGGCAUCUUGGUGCAAUUGCCCCUCCCCGGCCACAUGUCCGAGCAUACCAUCACCUCGACCGUUGCAGAUGAGAAGGAUGUGGAUGGAUUUGGUGCUGUCAACAUUGGAGAGUUGGCUAAGCGUGGUGGACGUCCCCUGUUCACUCCUUGCACUCCCCUUGCAGUCAUGGAGCUGCUCAAGGCCAGCGGUGUUGACCCCGCCGGCAAGGAAGCCGUUGUUCUGGGCCGCAGCGACAUCGUCGGCAGCCCCGUCAGCUAUCUGCUCAAGAAUGCCGACGCUACCGUCACCGUGUGCCACUCCAAGACCCCCGACAUUGCUCGCGUUGUGAAGAAUGCCGAUAUCGUUGUCGCCGCCAUUGGCCAGACCGAGAUGGUCAAGGGCGAUUGGCUCAAGCCUGGUGCCGUCGUGAUCGACGUCGGUAUCAACUACAAGCCCGAUGCGACCAAGAAGUCUGGUGAGCGUCUUGUCGGUGAUGUCGACUUCGAGUCUGCUUUCCAAGUGGCCUCGCAGAUCACCCCCGUCCCCGGUGGUGUUGGUCCCAUGACCGUUGCCAUGCUGCUGAAGAACGUGGUCUCCGCAGCCAAGGCCUACUUUGAGAAGCAAAAGGACCGCCACAUUACUCCUUUGCCUCUGAAGCUGCUGACUCCCGUCCCAUCUGAUAUUGCCAUCUCUCGCGCCCAAUACCCCAAGCCCAUCACUACUGUCGGUUCCGAGAUCGGCAUUGCUCCCCACGAGUUGGAGCCCUACGGCCACACCAAGGCCAAGGUCAGCCUCGAGGUCUUGGACCGCCUCUCUCACCGUCGCAAUGGCCGUUACAUUCUGGUCUGCGGUAUUACCCCUACUCCUCUCGGAGAGGGCAAGUCUACUACUACUCUCGGUCUGACCCAAGCUCUGGGUGCUCAUCUGAACCGCAUUGUCUUUGCCAACGUCCGCCAGCCCAGCCAAGGUCCGACCUUUGGUAUCAAGGGCGGUGCUGCCGGUGGUGGUUACAGUCAAGUUAUUCCCAUGGACGAGUUCAACCUGCACUUGACUGGCGACAUCCACGCCAUCACUGCUGCCAACAACCUUCUCGCUGCGGCCAUUGAGACCCGCAUGUUCCACGAGGCUACCCAGAAGGAUGGAGCUCUCUACAAGCGUCUCGUCCCCGUCAAGAAGGGCACGCGUGAGUUCAAGCCCAUCAUGUUCCGCAGAUUGAAGAAGCUUGGAAUCGAUAAGACCAACCCCGACGACCUCACCGCGGAUGAGAUCCGCCGCUUCGCUCGUCUGGACAUUGAUCCCGAGACCAUCACUUGGCGUCGCGUUCUGGAUGUCAACGAUCGUCACCUUCGUGGUAUUACCGUUGGCCAGGCUCCCACCGAGAAGGGUCUGACCCGCGAGACCGGAUUCGACAUUUCCGUCGCCAGUGAGUGCAUGGCUAUUCUGGCUCUCAGCAACAGCUUGGAUGACAUGCGCGAGCGUCUGGGACGCAUGGUUGUCGCUACUUCUCGCAGCGGUGACCCCGUUACUUGCGACGAUAUUGGUGCUGGCGGUGCCCUUGCCGCUCUGAUGAAGGAUGCCAUCAAGCCCAACCUGAUGCAGAGUCUCGAGGGUACCCCCGUGCUGGUGCACGCCGGUCCCUUCGCCAACAUCAGUAUCGGCGCUAGCUCCGUGAUUGCCGACAAGCUGGCUCUGAAGCUGGCCGGUACCGAGCCCGAUGAGGACCACGACGCCAAGACCGGUUUCGUGGUCACCGAGGCCGGAUUCGACUUCACCAUGGGCGGUGAGCGUUUCUUCAACAUCAAGUGCCGCUCCUCGGGUCUGUCUCCCGAUACCGUGGUGAUUGUGGCUACGGUCCGUGCUCUCAAGGUCCACGGCGGCGGUCCCGAGAUUAGCCCGGGCGCAGCCCUGCACGAGAUCUACCGUACCGAGAACGUGGAUAUUCUCCGCGCCGGUUGUGUCAACCUGCGCAAGCACAUUGCCAACGCCAAGCAGUACGGCGUGCCCGUCAUCGUUGCGAUCAACCGUUUCGAGACUGACACCGAGGCUGAAAUUGCCGUCAUCAAGGAGGAGGCGAUCGCUGCGGGUGCGGAAGACGCUAUCCCCGCCAACCACUGGGCUGAGGGUGGAGCCGGCGCCGUUGACCUGGCCAAGGGCGUGCUCGCCGCUAGCUCCAAGCCCAAGGACUUUAAGCUGCUGUACGAUCUGAACGGCAGCAUCCAGGAGCGUAUUGAGCGCAUUGGUAAGGCGAUGUACGGCGCCGAGAAGGUCGAGUUCAGCGAGCUGGCCCAGAAGAAGGUCGACACCUACACCAAGCAGGGCUUUGCCAACCUGCCCAUCUGUAUUGCCAAGACGCAGUACUCGCUCAGUCACGACCCCGCGUUGAAGGGAGCCCCUACCGGGUUUACCGUGCCCAUCCGGGAUGUCAGACUGGCCGUGGGUGCAGGAUAUCUGUAUGCUCUGGCCGCCGAUAUUCAAACGAUCCCCGGUCUGCCCACCGCACCGGGUUACCUGAAUGUGGAUAUCGACACCGAGACCGGGGAGAUCGAUGGACUGUUCUAG